CUCCCCCCUCCUCCUAGCAGUGACGCCAGCGCGCCCGGCGUGCGCGUGACGUCAGAUCCCGGGCGAGGCGGGCGGGGCCGGUUUGAACGAAAAUGGCAGUUAAUGUGUAUUCCACCUCGGUGACAAGCGAUAACUUGAGUCGACAUGACAUGCUCGCCUGGAUCAACGAGUCCCUCCAGUUGAAUCUGACAAAGAUAGAACAGCUCUGUUCAGGUGCUGCUUACUGUCAGUUCAUGGAUAUGCUCUUCCCUGGUUCUGUAGCGCUCAAGAAAGUGAAAUUUCAGGCAAAGUUGGAACAUGAAUACAUUCAGAACUUCAAGGUUUUACAAGCAGGUUUUAAGCGAAUGGGCGUUGAUAAAAUAAUCCCUGUGGACAAACUAGUAAAAGGAAAAUUCCAGGAUAAUUUUGAAUUUGUUCAAUGGUUUAAAAAAUUCUUUGAUGCAAACUACGAUGGGAAGGACUACGACCCCGUGGCAGCUCGGCAAGGCCAGGAAACGGCAGUCGCACCAGCUUUUGUUGCGCCGGUGCUUAACAAACCCAAGAAGAAUCUGGGCCCUGGAGGCACAGCUCCUACAAGGCCCAUGGUGGCACAGAGGACAACAGUGGCUAAUAAAACUGCACCUGGAAUUGUUAAAAAGGCACCAGGAGGGAUUGGGGAAGAGGAAUCCGCUGAACUAAUCCAGCAGAUCAAUGUACUAAAAUUGACCGUUGAAGACUUGGAGAAGGAAAGGGACUUCUACUUUGGAAAACUGAGGAACAUAGAGCUGAUUUGCCAGGAGAAUGAAGGGGAAAGUGACCCAGUUCUGCAGAGGAUUGUGGAGAUUCUUUAUGCUACAGAUGAAGGCUUUGUGAUACCAGACGAAGGAGCACCACAAGAGGAGCAAGAAGAGUAUUAACAGUCCACCUACUGUACCAGCAGAGCAGCAGCAGAAUUCAGAAAUCAGAAUUAUUUGCCCCAAUCAUGUGCUUAUCUGUAAACUACUCCAUUUUAUUCUUAGGACUCACUGGUUUCUUUUCCUAAGUAAAAAGUACCUCUUUCAAGUGCACUUUGAGUAAGUUUUCUACUUUCCCCCCUUCCAAUGGGUUUUAUUUGAGAGCUCUUUUCUCGGUUCUGUAGCAGAGCAGUAUUAACAUCUAGUGGUGUAAUUUGGAAGCAAGAGGUUGACUAUUUGGAGUCUGCAGAGUUGCUUGGUUGCUGGUGAGGCACUGAUUUGUGGAGAGUUUGCUGUACUGUGUUGUGCUUUGGGGGGCGGUGGGAGUAUGUAGCAAAAAGACUUCAGGAAUGAUUUUGUUUUUGCAGGAAGGUUGAGCAAAUAUGAAACUUUUUUUCUGCUAUGAAAAAAGAUGCCUUAAGGGGGCUGAAAAUGUGCUUCCAGAUGCCAAAUUAUAUGAUGGGAGGUUUUAUGUGCUCUACAGUGGGGUGAGAGCACGUGGCAUUCUUGUUUUGGAAGGACAGCAGGAUUGGAGCCUGGUGGCACCUUUGGGAGUCGGAGCUCCCUUCUUCAGACUCUUGGCCUCUUGUGUGAGGAGGGCAAAGGGGGCCCAUUAGAACAGCCUCGUCCACCAUCGCCGGCUUUCAGAGUGGGAAGGCCUUACUGCCCCGACCCCCAGACUACAGUGGGGUUGACUCAGGCACAUGAAAGCCUGUUUGGCUGUGCCGAGCCUGUGGGGAAUGAGUCUGUCAGGUAGGUGGACUGCAUCUUCCAAAGCAACAAGGCUGACAUUUUGAACCUCUGCCUGGUUCACUUGCUUACAUCUGUGCUGCCCCUGUCCCUCUCCUGCUUUUGUGUCUCUGGUCCACUGAAUUCUGCGGGUCCUUCUGUUUCCCCUCUGCGCCCCCCCCCCCCUCUUCUCCAGACUUGCUGACUAAACUCCAGUGGAUCUGAUAGUUGGUUUGCAGUUUGGCACUGAAACCAGUCGUGAUCUGCUAGUUGGGCCCCUGUUGUGCAUGUCCUUGUUGAGUCUAGUCCUCCACGUGUAGCCUUCGCCAGGACUCCAGAUCAGUAGUGGGGGACGGGGGAAGAAUUGGUGCGUAUUAAAUAGGAAUGCUGAUGUUGCAAACAAUAUACAGUGCGCAGAUAAAUUUAAUAACAGUAUUUCAUGCUUGUCCCGGUCCCUUUUGUGCAAGAGCAGCCCCCCCCCCCCCCCCCGCGAUUGCUGCUUUUGGGGAGCGUCUCUUUUGAGAUGUUUGCUCCCAGCUGCAGCUAAGACUGAGCCUUAGAGCUUGGUGUGUUUUUGUUCAUUUGCUUCUGGUGGUUGUGUUCUAAAUGUGAGUAGAAAGCAGAGCAUUUUCUGGUGACUGUUGUGUAGUGCAUGAACCCCAAGGAAAGUUCAGAGGAAGACCUAAAAAAAAAAAAUGCCAAAAAACCACAAGCCAUUACUUCAAACAUCAGAGGUGCUAUUUCUCUUGUGGCCUUCUAGAUACUUGUUGUCCUAAACUCUAUUCCACUCACUCCUCUUGACAGGGUUUUUUCUACUUUUAAACAGUUUCUAAAUAAAGUUCUGUUUCAAGAAUGUGAUGUCUGCUGGCGUGUCGUAUUCUUGUGGGGUUGGUUCUAGGUGCGACUUGUAAUAUCUGGUGCUCUUUCAACAAGAAAUCUUGCGGCUUUCGCCUUGUUGCUCCAAAUCACUGCAGUGUUCUUACUGCGCUGAUCUUUUGGCCUCGUCUGGGGUAUAUUUUGUAGGGGAAAGGAGGAGCCCCGGUAAUGGAGCUGAAUUACGGCAAAACCUGUUGGUGGCUGUGUCUGUGUCUGUGGUACCUUGCAUCUCCCAAGCGCCAGGUCACUAGUCACUUGAGUAGCUGAUCCCUGGCAGUGUGGCUGUCUAUCAUCAGGGUCUCUGACGGGGAGCCUUGUCUUUAAUUUGCGAGUGCCCGCAGAACCAAACAAAUGUGAAACGGAGGGCACCUUGUGCUGCAAGUUGAGAAUGUUGAAUUAUAAGCUUCCCAAAGUAUGCUCAGGUACUAACAGGUGUUGGUAGAAUAAUGGUCAAGUUCCCAAGUGUGUUCUCCCACUUGGUUUUUCUUAGAGCCUUAAAAUGGCACAAAGUUGUUUUUGCUGCUACUUGGCAUGAGAUGAAAUUUGGUCACUUCUCAACUUCAGCACAGAUUUGAGUCCAGUAGCACCUUAAAAGACUAACAAGAUUUCAAGUCAAAACUCCAUCAGAUACCACCUUGGGCACAGUUCUUCCUGCAACCUUGAAGGAAAACGUAGUAGUGGCUGGAUUGAGCCUCUGAGGUUGAGAUGCUCUAGCUGGCUUCUGGGGUGUGGCAGGCUUACCUAGGAAGAGGGGGAGUGGCAUGUGGAACAAAUUAGCUGGUGGAGUGAGAAACGAGAGCAGCAAGAAGGGCUGCUGUAGUCCUCAGAGUUUGGCUUCCUUUUUGACUGUCUUAAACAACUGUUGGUAAUGCGUGUCGGAUCUGCACUGGCACAAACAAGUCUUCCAAGUAGCAUCAUCAUUUGUAGAACUACCCCCAGGCCAGAGGAGUCGCUCUCUAGAGCUAAGUUUGCCAGGUGUCCUGAGAAAUAAGCAAAGCCUUCAUGUUUUAAUUUCUAGACCAAGAAUCACCCUAGUUUGCCUUCCCAAAGGAUGGUCGGGACCUGCUGCCCUGGUACAGUACUUGCUGUGAAGUGCUCUACUGCUGAGAGGAUUCCUUUCAGUUGAAAAACAACUUUUCUUAGUCUUAGCAUUUUUUUAGCUAUCUGGAAGGCAAACUCAACAGAACAACCCAAAACAAGAGACAAACUUUUCUGUACCCAACAGCAUAUGUCUGUCUUGCAAGAAAUCUUGCAGCGGAUUUUUUUAAAGCUCUGUUCAGUCUUGUCAAUCUUCUGGCUUGAUUCUUACUGUAACUGUUGAAAGACUUCACAAUAAAAGUACAAGAAUUUCUGUUAC